AUGCCACGACGCGGGAGAAGAGAUCGCAGCCAGAGGCAAAGAAACCGAGAGAUGCUCGCCGGGUUGAGCGAUCGUGAGCAGUCACCGCCGCCUGCCUAUACAACAAAGGAGUCGGCACCCCCUCCUUACGCCAAAAGACAACCCCACGAAGGGACACCGCUCCUAGCCUCAACCGCCGCCUCAAGCUACAGCCAUGCGUCGUCGUCACACACCCAAGCUUCUUUUGGGCAAGGAGCGACCGGAUACCCCAAGCAGUCGCUACAAAGUGGCUUGAGUACGAGGGGAUUGAUUGGGGACGUGUGUGCUCUGGCUUUGGCCUGUCUCGCUCUGGUGGUGGUUGUCCAAGGCUUGAUCUACUCGGUGUCAACGUACAACCCGACGCCAGCAGCACCUGUACCCACGUAUUCCGUUGCCAUUAUAGGUGCGGGUCCAGCCGGCGUCUCGGCUGCAUACCAUCUGCGGGCAUUCGAAGUAAGUGAGAAGUUCAAACUGAAUAUCACGGUACUGGAAUCUGCACCCUCUAUUGGGGGCCGUUUGGCUCUCAUAGAUUCCAGAGGUGAAAGGGCAAUACCGUAUGAUGACCCUGCACAAGACCCAAUCUCCGCCGAGGACAUUGCUGGCCCUGCGCUUAUGUGGGAUAACCCACUGUUCACCAAGGCAUCUGAGAAGUUUCCCUGGGACAAGGUGGAUUUUGAUGAACUCCCAAGUUCGGAAGUCGGCUAUUAUGACGGAAAGCAUCUCGUCAGUCGAUCAACUAGGCCGUACGACAAGACUCCCACAUGGUCUUGGGCUUGGUUCCACCAGGUCUUUCAGUACGGUGCAUCCGUUUGGAAGACCCAAGAAAUCGUGCGAGAGGUCGAUUUGCGCCAGAAGCUGAGGGGAUUGCCUACGAUACGAACCGUACACGAGCUACUGUCUUCUCUUGGUAUCGACAGAAAAGCACACGAGAGCUCAACCGAAACUCUCCACAACCAUGAUAUUUCGCAACUGUAUCGCGACGAAGUGGUGGCGCCUCGAGUCCAGCGAGUCCUAGGUCAACGACUUGACGAUAUCACUGGUCUAGCCCUAUCAAUGGCUCUAGCCAAAGAAGACAGGGUCAAUUCGCACACCGGCGGGGACUUUCUCGAGACACUCGAAAGAAUUCUUCGCCGAGCAGACGCGACUGUUUUGACUAGUUCGACCGUCACUGGCAUCAAGUAUGAGGAACUUAACGAGAAAUCCGCCUGGCUGGUCGAAAGUGUUCACGGAACGUCAAACUUGACUCAAUAUGGAGCGUUUGACCAUGUUAUCUUGGCAGCCCCUGGAGCUGAAAAGAAUGCGCUCCACCGCUAUGACACGAACGCCUUCGAGUUACCCGGUCACCGUUCUGUUCAUGUGGAAUUCUUCAUAUCAUCAACUCGCAUAGAUCCCUUAGCUUUUGGCGAAUCAGACGCAUUACACGACCAGAUCUUAUUCAUACAAAAAUUAGACCAAAUCGGUCUCUUCCAAGGGGUUCAUGAGAUUGCAUAUGUCCGCGAGAUCGUUCGCCGCCACGAUGGUGUCGACAUUGUCGAGCACCUAUAUCGGUGCGUGUCAGAUCACUAUGUCACAGAUCUCUUGCUACAUUCACUGCCCUUUGCGAAAGAUGGCGCCUCAUCUGAGGAGAAAGCCCAGGGAAUUACAUGGACAUAUCAAACUCGAAUCGAGUCUGCCUACCCUCUGCUGUAUCCAAAGACCAGUUUCCCGCCUUUCCGGUUGUCGGAAGAUGGACUUUGGGCGACAUCUGCCAUGUAUGCGGUUGGGAGCACAGUGGACUUCAGCUGGCUGGCAGGGAAGACGGUGGCAGAACAGAUGAUCAGUACACUGAGGAAGUAA